AAACCAAGAAUCUCUGGCGGCAGACUUCGUCCAUCGUUGAAACAGGAGGCUUGUAUAUUACCGUACAUUGUUUAUGAGAACGUUGUCGAAACAAACAGGUAGAAAGGGAAGUGGGAUAAUAAUUUUUGUUUUCAUUUGAUUUCAAUUAUUCAUCACAUCGAGAGAAACACAAAAUGGAGGGAUUUGGAGUUUAUGCGGUCUUCGGAGUAGACACACCGCCUCAACGGUUGCUGAGCGGUGAAGGGCCGCACCGUGUGUCAGUUGCAGUUCCCGCGACUGUCCACCAAGUGGUGCUGUUUAGCAGCGGACCAUGGCGGGACAGAAUCUGCGUCAACGCGGACCUCUAUGAUGCUCAGCAGACCCCCAUCACAAUCGGCAAACUGACUCCUUAUAACAGAUGUCUGUCAUGGGAGCAGUGGGAUGAGGAGACAUGGACAAACGGGGUCACUCUGCAUGUCACUCUGGAAGGACAGAUGGUAAGAAAUAAUUUGGUAGAACCAGCAGUCAUCUUGGCCGUCAAGGAACACACGCCGAAAUAUGCCGUGGCUGCCCAUGCACACCAUGAGCUCAACAGCAAGAAGAAGAGAAAGCGAGCGGACAGAGACAAGGAUGCAAAGCUGGCAGCGGAGGAGGAGAACGUGUGUCCCAACAGCACCCUGGACCAAACGACACCUGUUCGAAAAGUCAAGGGUCACGCCAAAGGAACCCAGAAGCUCUCCUCUGACAGCGUAGUUGCGGCCAAGGGUAAAGCAGCUAACAGCUCGCGAGAUGUGCAAGGUAAUGUGGGAAGGACACCACCCCAAAGCGGGGCCAGGUCCAAGAGCAGGCUGGUCAAGACUCCCACAUACACUUCAUCACUGGGGAACCCCUCUGGACGAUGGGGGCAAACGCUGUGUCCCAUUGAUGCCCAGACUGCUAUCUUGAUUGGAGGACAAGGAGCCAGGAUGCAGUUCUGCAAAGAUCCCAUGUGGAAGCUCUGCACGGAGGACAUGUCCUGGGUGGCGGCCGAGACGCUGGCACAAGGUCCCACUCCUGAGUCCAGGAUUGGCCACUCGUCCGUCUACGACCCGGACUCAAAGCGGAUCUUCGUGUUUGGAGGCUCUAAGAACAAGAAGUGGUUCAAUGACGUCCACAUUCUUGACACGCAGAGCUGGAAGUGGACCAUGGUGGAGGCCCAAGGUAAGGUCCCCCCACUGGCUUACCACAGCUGUAGCAUGUUUCGGGGGGAACUCUUCGUCCUGGGAGGUGUCUUCCCUCGGCCCAACCCGGAGCCGGAUGGCUGCAGCGACUCUUUGUACAUCUUUGACCCCCAGCUGUCCAUCUGGUACCAGCCCAUCGUCAUUGGUGACACCCCCUCACCCCGCUCUGGUCACUCUGCAUGUGUGAUGCAGGAGGGGAGGAUAUACAUAUUUGGUGGGUGGGACACCCCUGUGUGCUACAACGACAUGUUUGUGUUGGACCUUGGUCUGAUGGAGUUUUCUACUGUGCAGACAAGUGGAAAAGCCCCUUCCCCGAGAUGCUGGCAUGGCAGCGCAGUCCUCUCCAAUACAAAGUUCUUGAUCUACGGUGGCUACAACGGAAACAAUGCUCUCAGCGACGCGUUCAUCUUUGACACAGAUACAAACAUUUGGAUGGAAGUGACGCUCCCACAGCUGUCUGUGCCCAGGGCAGGUCACUCCAUCAUUGCCAUGGAAAUGGGCCAGGUCUCAGGGAGCACAACUCUGCUGGUGUUUGGAGGCGGAGACAACGAGGGCACGUUUUACGCUGACGUGGCCACCAUCAGUGUAGAGGAGCUGCUUGCUCUCCUUUGACAGUUUGAUGUGAAGCUUGUUGUUUUUAUUUAUAGGCAUAUACAGUAAUCCCUCGUUUAUCGCGGUUAUCGUAAAUGUUUCCAGACCCGACCAUGAUAAGAAUUUCCGCUAAGUAGAAUUCUUUCUUUAUAAAUGCAGUAUUUUCCUAGUUAGAGUAUUAGAAAAACCUGUUUACAACCUUUUAAAUACAGUACAAGUUUUAACAUUUUAGCGCCCUCUGGACAUGAAAUACCACACAUCACUUUCAUAUUACCCAAUAAAGUAUUUAUAAUCAGAGGAAAUAAGCCUUAUAAGAUAUAAGUAAAACUCGUGCUCGUGUGUGUGUUGCAAUAAAUGUGUUUCCCGUCAGGAAGUGACAUUGGGGGGGUUCAGCGUUGAGUUUCCGCUGGAUUACGGCCGCAACAGUAGCCCAAGUAAUCCAUCCAUCCACCCAUUUUCUAUGCCGCUUCUCAUUAGGGUCGCGGGGGCAUGCUGGAGCCUAUCCCAGCUGACUUCGGGCGACAGGCGGGGUACACCCUGGACUGGUCACCAGCCAAUCGCAGGGCACAUAUAGACAAACAACCAUUCAUACUCACAUUCAUACCUAUGGACAAUUUAGAGUCACCAAUUAACCUAACAUGCAUGUUUUUGGAAUGUGGGAGGAAACCGGAGUACCCGGAGAAAACCCACCCACGCACGCACGGGGAGAACAUGAAAACUCCACACAGAAAUGCCCAAGGGAGAAUCGAACCCAGGUCUUCCCGAUCUCCUGACUGUGGCCCAUGUUAUUAUCGUGAUUAUUAUUCUUAUGUUAUCGUGCCUGUUGUGAGACCAUUCAAACCUGCAAUUGCACCGUCUGGCACUUGUAUGUUUCACCUAUCACAAUUUGAAUGCAUCUUCUUAAUGGGUUAUUUUAGUUCAUUUAGCCAUUUUUAUGUUUGAAAAUGCUUCAUUUAGGCAAAAAAUACAUAAAAUGUGCUUAAAUAUGAAGACCUUUUGUACUUACCAUAAUUCAACCUCAGAACAGCAUGAUUUUGGAAAACCACAAGUGUGAAGCCGUGAAAUUCAAACUGCGAUGUAGUGAGGGACUACUGUAUACUCUUCAUUUUUAUUUUCAGAUUUUCCUUCUUUUUGUAUAAUUUUUUGUGUUUUUAGAUUUCAAUUGGGCAUUUUGUAUAUACGUACAUAUAGAAAAAUAAAAAAACAUGUAUUUUGUAGUGCAUGGCAGAAAUAAAUUGUGUGUAUUUUAAGCACAAUACGGUUUGCUCUUCAAUAAA